AUGUCUCCUGCUGCCACCUCAGAACAUCCUACCUACAGUAUUGCGUGUAUCCCAGCGGACGGAGUAGGAAUUGAAGUCAUCAAUGCCGGUGUCGAAGCAUUACAAGCUCUCAGUGAUGCCGCAGGAUCCUUUCAAUUCAAGUUCGAGCACUAUGACUGGAGUUCCAAGACAUACCUAGAGACUGGCAAAUAUAUCCCCGAUGGUGGCCUUGACAGCUUGAAGAAGCACGACGCCAUACUCUUUGGUGCAGUGGGUGCACCAGAUGUCCCUGACCACAUAUCACUCUGGGGUCUACGUCUGGCCAUAUGUCAGCCCUUCCAGCAAUACGCCAAUGUCAGACCUACAAAGAUCCUCAAAGGCACACAGAGCCCUCUUCGCAAUGCUUCUACUGGCGAUCUUGAUUGGGUCAUCAUCCGCGAGAACAGCGAAGGCGAGUACGCAGGCCAGGGUGGACGAUCUCAUCGCGGACAACCUUGGGAGAUCAGUACCGAAGUCUCCAUUUUCACAAGACAUUGCGUGGAAAGGCUGAUUCGCUUCGCUUAUGAGACUGCACAGAAGCGACCAAAGAAGUAUCUCACCGUCGUCACGAAGAGUAACGCCCAACGGAAUGGAAUGGUGAUGUGGGAUGAGAUUGCCCUGGAAGUGUCGAAAGACUUCCCUGAUGUCAAGACCGACAAGAUGCUCGUCGACGCAAUGACCUGUCGAAUGGUGUUGCAGCCAAAUUCGCUGGAUACAAUCGUCGCAACGAAUCUGCACGCGGAUAUUCUGAGUGACUUGGCGGCUGCGCUUGCCGGAUCCAUAGGUAUUGCUCCGACAAGCAACUUGGACCCCACUAGACAAAAUCCGAGCAUGUUCGAGCCGAUUCACGGAUCCGCCUUCGACAUUGCGGGCAAGGGAGUUGCGAAUCCAGUUGGCACUUUUUGGAGUGCUGCUGAGAUGGUCAAGUGGUUGGGCGAAGAAGCUGCCUCGGAACGUUUGUUGGAAUGCGUGGAAACGGUGUGCGGGCAGGGUAUCUUGACCAAGGAUCUUGGAGGCUCCGCAAGUACGAAGGAGGUCACUGCUGCCGUAUGCGAGGAGAUCCGGAAGUCGUAUCGAACACAGAAGUAG